AUGGUGAUCGGCGGAAUGAAUGUUGGUUGUGUCGCAUCAUACUUCGGGGGCAAGAAUAUCCUCAUCACCGGAUCAACUGGGUUCCUUGGAAAAGUGCUCGUGGAGAAGAUACUGAGGGUUCAGCCUGGUGUGAGAAAGCUCUUCCUCUUGGUUCGAGCUACCAAUGACGAAUCCGCAAGACACCGAAUCCAGACCGAGGUAACACGGAGGGAAAUCUUCCAAGUUCUCAGAGAAAAGUAUGGCAAUGGAUUCGGAGAUUUCAUCCAAGAAAAGGUGUGCCCUCUGGCAGGAGACGUUAUCUGUGAGGAUUUUGGACUAGACACUGCCAAGCUGAAAGAACUGUCCAAGAAUAUGGACAUCAUCGUGAAUGGUGCUGCAACUACGAAUUUCUAUGAAAGAUACGAUGUAGCUUUUGACACUAACGUCUUGGGAGCGAAGCACAUGUAUGCAUUUGCGAACAAGUGCAUCAAACUAAAAAUGCUGCUUCACAUUUCAACAGCUUACGUAAGCGGUGAACAAGAGGGAUUAAUACUAGAGAAACCAUUCAUAAUGGGCGAUACGCUACGGGCAGGCACACAUUUAGAUGUCGAAUCUGAGCUAAAUCUGAUCAAACAUACCAAGAUGGAACUGAAUGCUAACUGUGCUACAGAAAGGGCUGAGAGGAAAACCAUGAAGGAACUUGGCCUCAAGAGAGCAAGGCAUUUCGGGUGGCCAAAUACCUACGUUUUCACCAAGGCAAUGGGCGAGAUGCUGCUGGGGCACCUAGAAGGUGACCUUCCAGUUGUCAUCGUCAGGCCAAGCAUCAUAACUAGCAUCCUCAAGGACCCAUUGCCUGGAUGGAUAGAAGGAGUUAGGACAAUUGACUCUGUUAUCUUGGGUUACACCAAGCAGGCCUUGAAAUUCUUUCUAGUAGACCCCGAUGCCAUAAUGGACGUGAUUCCGGGGGACAUGGUGGUGAACUCUAUGAUGGUAGCCAUGGCGGCGCACACAGAGGAAAAGGUGCAGACCGUCUAUCACUUGACGUCAUCUGUGAGCAACCCGACGUCUUACACCACUCUCCAGGAGUCAGGCCAUCGCUACUUCAAGGACAACCCGCCCCGAGGGGAGAACGGCGAGCCCAUCCGGCUGAACAAUAUGCGCUUCUUCAGCACGGUCGUCAGGCUCCGCGCGUACAUCGUCAUCAAGUACAAGUUCCCUCUUGAGGUCCUCCACCUGGUGAACGUGCUGCUCUGUGGCCUUUUCUCGCGGCGCUACAAUGAGCUCAACGGAAAAUACAGAUUGGCCAUGCAUCUGAUUGAGCUCUAUGCGCCUUACACCUUAUUCAAAGGACGCUUUGAUGACAUGAACCUUGAGAAGCUGAGGAAAGCGAUGGAGAGUAAUAGAGAUGGAGGAGAAUACUGCUUUGAUUUCGAUCUCAGGAGAAUCGACUGGGACGACUAUUUCUACAGGGUUCACUUUCCAGGCGUCCUCAAGUAUCUUGCGUGA